GGGAGAGCUAAUUUGAGAAGAUUCCAUACCCUCAUCCCACAGCUACUGGACAGUCCAUCGGAGAUAACCAGACGACCACUUUAUUAGACAAACAAAUGCCAGGACAAGACAACCAAUCCCCGCCUUCUCCGACCGCCGGCAACGUGGAAGAAAAUGAGGACGAACUCCUUGUCUGGGAGCAGAUAAAAUCCGAGGCGCGCCAAGACGCCGAGUCGGAGCCAGCCUUGGCUAGCUACUUGUACUCUACCGUGCUUUCUCACUCCUCAUUGGCUCGCUCGCUUUCAUUCCAUCUGGGAAACAAGCUUUGCUCCUCCACACUCCUCUCCACUCUCCUCUACGACCUCUUCCUCAAUACCUUCUCCUCCGACCCCUCCAUUCUUUCUGCCGCCGUCGCAGACCUUCGAGCCGCGCGUUACCGGGACCCGGCUUGUAUUUCUUUCUCUCACUGUUUGUUGAAUUACAAGGGAUUUCUUGCUAUCCAGACACAUAGGUUGGCACAUAAACUAUGGCUUGAAGACGGAAAGCCGCUCGCACUAUCAUUGCAAUCUAGGAUAUCUGACGUCUUUGCAGUGGAUAUACACCCUGGGGCUAGAAUUGGGAAGGGGGUGUUGCUGGAUCAUGCAACAGGGGUCGUGAUUGGAGAAACAGCAGUUGUUGGGAAUAAUGUGUCGAUACUGCACCAUGUAACCUUGGGUGGGACCGGCAAAGUCUCUGGUGAUCGCCAUCCAAGGCUUGGUGAUGGUGUCCUGAUUGGUGCUGGAGCUACUAUAUUGGGGAAUGUGAAGAUUGGUGAGGGAGCAAAAAUUGGAGCUGGAUCAGUUGUGCUAAUUGAUGUGCCCCCUUGGACAACAGCAGUUGGAAAUCCAGCAACGUUGGUCGGUGGAAAGGAGAAACCUAAAGUGCAUGAAGAUGUGCCUGGAGAGUCCAUGGAUCAUACUUCAUUCAUUUCUCAGUGGUCUGACUAUAUGAUAUGAAUUUGAGCCAAUGGUCACAAGGUUUGAUAUUGGAUGUUAGUAGAAUUUAAUUGAACUACAUUGGUUGAGUCACAUUGGACUGGGGGAUUUAGAAACUCCAAGACAGUGGCUUAAGGAGGCCCUCUUUCAGGCGUAGUUAGACAGGGUAAAGGGGAGCCUCUUUCAGAUGUAGUUAGACAGUAAGGGGGAGGACUAUUGUUUUGUACAUUUAUAAUGGUGGAAUGAAAGGGUGCUUCUGAGGCUUUUCAGACCUCUUCUUUGAA